GUUGCACGACCUCCGCUGCCUUUUUACGGCAUCUGCAUCUCUGGGCGUGGUGGACGAAGGAGGAGGAGUAGAAGAAGAAGAAGAAGAAGUUGCCAGCAUGGCGUUUACUCUCUACUCUCUCAUCCAGACCGCUAUUUUGUGCACAAAUGCAGUCGCUGUGUUGCAUGAGGAAAGAUUUCUCAGCAAGUUCGGCUUUGGUGUUGACCAGGGAGUUGGAGGUUUUGGGGAUGAUCCAGGAAUCAAAGCCCAGGUCCUCACCCUCAUCCGCUCGAUCAGGACUGUCAUGAGAGUGCCUUUGAUAAUAGUGAAUAUGGCCUGCAUCGUCCUGUUGUUACUGUUUGGUUGACAGCGGUACACCGAACACCAAAGUGAAGCCAGAGGACCAGACAUGUGACAAGGAACAACCACAAACACACAGACAGAAAUAGCCCUCAUACAGAGACCUCUGCCUUUACCAGUGAUCAGCAGGGUGGAAAGGUUUGCCCCUGGGGCUGGCAUGGAAAUAGGAAAUCUUAAAAACCACAAGUUCACAUCCAAAGAGAAGAAGAAUUGACCCGUCACCCGGUCGGAAAUAAGGCUGGUAUGGAGCUAACACCAGGACUAACCCUAACCUAACCUAACCUGCUUGUCAGUGUGACUCAAAAAUGCCGAAAUGAAAAUACUUCUUCGCCGUAACACUACACUUGAUGAUUCUCUCGUCUUCCAAAACUUUUGUUUUGUGCUGCAUAUUGUGUAUUUGUCCUCGUUUUUACACAUUGAGACACGAUGAUUUAAUGAUAUGUGUCAUUUAUUUUAUCGUGUUGUUACAAAUGAGAACCGUGUUAAAGGAGUUUUGUCAGCAGUAGGGCUGGACAAUAUAAAUAUUUAUUAUAUGUUUCUAUCCUGGGCUAUAGCUGUCUUUUUUUAUUUACAUUUUUGUUUAUUAUAUUUCUUUUUUAGAGUUUCCAAAACCAGAUGAAAGUUACACAAAGCGUCUUUUUUAUGACUAUUUUGCUGGAGAAGAGACAUUUGUGACCGUCUAAUCCACAACCUACUUGGUGUUUCAUAAGGGCAAUUUACAAAACUUACACUGAUUGUCAGUCUCAGUUAUAUCUUCUUAUUGAUGUGUAUAAGUGUUUUGGGAUUUAUCCAUCUGCGAGAAUUCGGUUGAAGCAAUAUUGCCAAACACGGCUCAAAACAAUGCACCUUUGUACCGUUUACACAUACUGUUUAUUGUCUUUAAAUAAAUGUAUUAGUCAAUUUGAUGAAAUUCUUUAUAUUGUCUUUUUAAUAUUAAAAAAAGCCACUUUAGCCAGAG